ACUACAGCGUCAUAGGUCAAAGAGCACACGGGUCACAUGACAAUAAUGGCGUAUUCGCAAUGUGUAUAUUUUUCAUACUGAACCCACAAAUACUAAAUAGAACGUACUGUUUAAAGCUCGAUAGGUAGAUACUUCAACUAAUUUAGUAGCGAUUUCGUAUUUAGCAGUUUAUGCAUCGGUGUUUGAUCGUUAUAUCGUAUAAAUGCAUGUACAGAUUAAACGAAUGUAAUAAACGGUAGUGUUUUAUUGUAACAGUAUGAAAUAAUUGUUAAAAAAACAGGACGAGCAGUUGUAUUCCCCUUAAUUAUAUAUAAAUACAAUAACGUCAUCGGACGCACGUCUAAUCGGCAUUCAUCACGCGCUGACCACAGGUGACUGAGCUAACGUUAAAUUACCUGCCCUUAAGCACUGGCACGACUUCCGUAAACGUAUUCGGUUUACUGCUGAACAGGUGUGUGACGAGUCAUGAAGUAGUCCGAGUUUACAUUAGUGGAACAUUGAGGUGCCAUCUACUUUAUACGCUUCUUAGUUUAUGCACGUAGCCAUAGAUCUGUCAGACAUGCCGAAAACGUGUAAAAACGGCAAACGACCGGGAUCUGAGCUAAGUCAGGACACCAUACCUCAGAAAAGGAAUAGAAACAAUAAACAUCCGGUGUCCGAGGUCAGUCACAGUAGUUCCUGCGAAGAAUCCAAGAAAAAACCUAUAGCUGCUCUUAUCCUUGCCAGAGGAGGAAGUAAAGGGAUCCCUUUGAAGAAUAUUAAGAUGUUGGCAGGAGUUCCUCUGAUCGGAUGGGUUAUCAGAGCUGCGAAGGAUGCUGAGGUCUUUGACAGUGUUUGGGUAUCUACUGAUCACGAUGAGAUUGGAAAAGUGGCAAAAGCUUGGGGUGCUCAGGUGCACAAGAGGAGUGCGGAGGUGUCCCAAGACUGCUCAAGCUCACUGGAAACCAUUCAGGAGUUCACCAGAGAACACCCAGAGUUUGCAGUCAUAUGUAACAUCCAGGCCACUUCUCCAUGCCUGCACCCAGAACAUAUACAAGAGGCCCUGGAGCUUAUGACCAAACAAGGGUUUGAAUCUGUCUUCGCUGUGGUCCGACGACACCACUUUCGUUGGGAAGAGGUCAAGAACAGAGUGAACGCCUGUACUAAACCUCUGAACCUCGACCCAGCUCGCAGACCAUGUCGUCAGAAAUGGAAGGGAGAAUUGUGUGAAAAUGGUUCCUUUUAUUUUGCAACCAGAGAUCUCAUCGAUAAGAACCUUCUUCAGGGUGGAAAGAUGGUGUACUAUGAGAUGAAGCCUGAGAACAGUGUGGAUAUUGAUGUAGACAUAGACUGGCCUGUAGCUGAGCAGAGAGUGCUGAGGUAUGGUUACUUUGGUAAGGACAAGCCAGAGGUUGUGAAACUCCUGCUGUGUAACGUAAUGGGAUGUCUGUCAGAUGGUACGAUCAGCCUGUUUGCAAAUGGAGAUGAUGAGAUGUCCUACCACUACAGAGAUCAGGCUGCCAUCAACAUGCUGAAGAAAGAAGGAGUGGAGGUUAUUCUGAUGUCAUCAAGAGAUUAUCCUAUCCAAGCAGCCUUGGCUGACAAACUCGCUGAGAGACUGGGCUGUUUAGUCAAGCAGGAAGUAGAUAAUGAAAUGCAGGAAGUAGAUAAUAAAAUGCAGGAGGUAGAAAAGCUCAUGAAGGAAAGAGAGCUGGAGUGGAAAGAUGUGGCUUAUAUAGGUAAUGAUGGGGCAGAUGUUGAGUGCCUGAAGCUGGCAGGGUUGAGCGCUGUACCUGAGGAUGCCCUGGAGACGGCACGCAUUGCAGCAAAAUACACUUGCCGUAACGCAGCAGGUCACGGUGCCGUAAUGGAGUUUGCCGAACACAUCUUGCUAUUAAAGAAAAAAGCCAAAUCUCAAAUGGAGCAGGACAGAAUAAAUAGAAACAAUGUUUAGGCGACAUUUUACUGUGAUAAAAAGCAUUGGGUGGAACACUCGAGAUAAACAUUAUGUGGUAUGUUCCAGAUAAAUAUACCAUAAAGCUUAAAAUAAAUAGUAGUGAAUUACUUGAUCAUGACGUUGAAAAAAAAUAUUAUUCAAAAGAAUAUACAGACUUGAUUUGGGUGUAUUUGAUUAUAAUUCUUGGAAGGAUCUUGUAGUUUAUAUUGGUUGUUGUGUGUGUGUGUGUGUGUGUGUGCGUGCGUGCGUGCCGGACAAUAUUUAAUUGAAAUGUAGCAUGUUGUACUCCACAAUAUCCACUAGAAGGCAGCAAAGUAUAAGCUAAUAGGUACUACACUUGUUUUCAAACUGAGGACAAAAGCUACAACAAUAAGCAUCACUUAUGGAGACUUUUGUGGCUGCUACUGAAAAUGUACAUAAUGCAUGUCCAAAAUGUAAUUUUCAGAACUUUUAUGUAAAUGCUUGGAAACAAUACACUAAAAAAGUACUAGUAUUUAAUACAAUGACUAUUAUCCUAACAAUAAAAUCAGUUACAUUACAUGUUAGAUAAA